AUGUCUUUCCACGCCAGCUCCGAAGAUAUCCGCCUCGAAGACGGACACAUCCUCAAGGCCCGUCUCAGGGACGCCGACGGAAACUACAAGGAUGCCGAGAUCGACUUGAACAACUUCAUCGGCAACGACGAUGGCCGCUUCCAGUGGGGUGGAGAGAACUUCUCCGAGUCCGCCGAGGACAUCCACUUCGGCAUUGAAGGAGGCGCUAGCGUGCCCGUCCUGAGGGCCCGUCUCCGGAGAGUCGACGGCGAGUUUUCCGACGCCGACAUCAACCUCGGCGAGAGGGUAGAGAACCAGGACGGGGAGUUCAUCUUCAGUAAGCAGGAUAUUACCCUUCUCCUCCACCUCGGCCUCGCUCUUCUUCAGGCAUAUGAUACAAAUAAUAUCUAG